CAUCAUCAGUUGCAAAAAGCACCAUUUGCUCUGCCUCGACAUUGUGUUCUGAUUUUCCUCUGCCCGAGGACGAAAACUAGGAAGACCCCUUCACUACAGCUCGAUUACACUAUCCACAUUCAUGAAAUAAAGCCAUGGCCCCCAUCUCAGUCGCUCAAGACAAUCCGAGCCGCCCUAAUCCAAUGGGAACACGGCGAACGAAAAUCCGGGUUCACCAAUCAAGUUGUCCCUUCAGUCGAGACGGGCUCGGGAAUUGGUGAUGGGAAAAUCGAAUUCAACGAGUCUUUUAAGCUCCCGGUGACUCUAGUGAGAGAAAUGUCCAUGAAAGGCGUGAAUGGCGACAGUUUCCAGAAAAACUGUGUCGAGUUUAACCUGUACGAGCCCCGGAGGGACAAAACGGUCAAAGGCCAACUUAUUGGGACUGCUGUUCUAGACUUAGCAGAAUACGGGGUUGUUAGAGACAGUUUGUGUUUAAGUGUUCCUAUAAAUUGCAAGAGGACGUACUGGAAUUCAUCACAGCCACUUCUCUUUGUUAAGAUCCAGUCUGUCGAGAGGGGUCGAGCGAGCUCGUCUUCUAAGGAUGGAUUGGUGAGAGAAGCAUCUUUGGAUAGGAGUACCUUGGAAGAAUAUGUAGAUGAAGUUGAGGUGGCGUCUUUUGGAACGGACGAUGAUAUUUCGUCUCAUUCGUCUGUUGGUGUUACUUUGGCAGGUGGAGAUGCGAAUGCGAAUGGGAGUUUGUUGUCUCAGAAUAAUGAGGAUGGGAUGAACGGUAGUGCUGGGGAACCCAAAUCAGAUGAGGAUCAAAUGAUCAAAUCUCAUGUCAGUUCUUCUCGGUCAUCAUCCGUGGAUUUAUCUUCUGAUCUUUCAUGGAUCUCGAAUAAAAUUUCUUCCACAAAUUUGCCGACAUCAGCAAUAGACAAUAAGCCACAGAGCUUUAGUGAAAAUGAAGCAGACAAAAUUCAGGAAAAUGUUCCAAGUAAUGGCAUGAAAGAUCUUUCUAACGACCCCAGUGAUGAUGAGACAAGUGAAAAACAUCACAAGUGCACAAAAGCCGAGGAUGAACCGUCGAGCGACUUUUCUCAAGUUGAUGUCCUAAAGCAAGGCACAUCAGAUAAUGAUCCUGAGGAAAAAAUUGUUGUGAAUGGUACAUUGUUGAGUAUUGAUAGAUCUAAGCAUGUCAAGUCAGUUCGAUCAUCCGUGGACUCAAGCAGGAGUAAUGGAUCGGUUAGAAACAGCCAGUUAUUAUUGAACAGUGAGAGUAAAGAUUCUAAAAUGUACGUAAAGGAACCUAAAAAUGUUGUUUCCGAGACUAGGAUCGAGCAGUUGGAGAAUAGAAUGAAAAUGCUAGAGGCGGAGUUGAGGGAGGCUGCUGGUAUAGAGGUUAGCCUUUACUCAGUGAUUGCCGAACAUGGAAGUUCUAUCAAUAAAGUCCAUGCUCCAGCUCGGCGGCUCUCGAGGCUAUAUUUUCAUGCAAGCAAACAAAAUUUAAAAGCAAGGAUAGGGAGUACGGCUAAAAGUAUUGUGUCUGGUCUGGUUUUAGUUUCGAAAGCAUGUGGAAAUGAUGUCCCUAGAUUGACCUUCUGGCUCUCAAAUUCAGUUGUAUUGAGAGUGAUUAUGAGCAAGUCAUUUGGAGAUGGCAAGUUGCGUAUUUCUGUUGUGCCAGUCAACGGAACUUCAGGUGAGUCCAACAGAAAGAAGAAAGCAUCACCACUUAAAUGGGAGUCCUUUCCCAAUAAGAAUUCAAGAAAUGCUAUUGAGGACAGUUUUGGUGACUGGGAAAACCCGGCCACUUUUGUUGCUGCACUUGAAAAGGUUGAGUCUUGGGUAUUUUCCCGGAUCAUUGAGUCUAUAUGGUGGCAGACUUUUACUCCACACAUGCAGUCGGGUAAUGCCAAUGAAAUCCGUAGCAGUUUGGGUUCUGAAUCUAGCAAGUUAUACCGAAGAACUUCGAGUUCCACUGAUGAACAGCAAGGAAAUCUUUCUCUGGAACUAUGGAAAAAAGCUUUCAGAGAUGCAUGUGAAAGGAUAUGUCCUGUUCGAGCUGGAGGACACGAAUGUGGCUGUUUGCCUGAUCUCGCAAGAGUGAUAAUGGAGCAAUUGAUUGCUCGUUUAGAUGUGGCUAUGUUUAAUGCCAUCCUCCGGGAAUCCGCUGAUGAAAUACCAACAGAUCCUAUAGCUGAUCCUAUUAGUGAUGCUGAGGUUCUUCCUAUUCCAACGGGGAAAGCUAGUUUCGGUGCUGGAGCACAACUAAAAAAUGCGAUUGGGAAUUGGUCUAGAUGGCUGACAGAUCUAUUUGGUAUUGACGACGAUGAUUUGCAUGAAGAUGCGGAUGAGACGACACCGCAUGACACACCAUCAAAGUCUUUUCACCACCUAAACGCACUAAGCGAUCUUAUGAUGCUUCCCAAGGACUUGCUACUAAGCCAGACAGUUCGAAAAGAGGUAUGCCCUACAUUUGGCCCACCACUGAUAAGAAGGGUUCUCAGCUUUUUCGUCCCGGAUGAGUUCUGCCCCGACCCAAUUCCGAAUGUUGUGCUUGAAGCCUUGAGCUCUGCGGAUUCAUUCGAUUCUGAGGACGGUUCAAUCAUGAAUUUCCCUUGCGCCUCGGCUCCUAUUGUUUAUCAACCACCGCAAGCCGACUCGGUUGCUAUUACCUUAGGAGAAUUUGAUACCCAACCACAUCUCGCACGCAGCCGAUCAUCGGUUCUCAAAAAAUCACAGACAAGUGACGAUGAAUUGGAAGAAUUGGACUCGCCUCUAAAAUCUAUCAUCCUCGAUGGUUUUCAGGCAGCGCCUUCUUCAGUAAAAUCCGGCUGGGUGUCGAAAGAGAAUGGAAGUCGAAAUGCGCUGAGGUAUCAACUGCUUCGUGACGUCUGGAUGGAGUGA